CAAAUUCAAUUAGAAUCAUCAGUCUUCUUUUUUCCAUUUUUCUUAUAGUGUAUUAUUGGAGUGAAAAAGUUACGAUAAUUCAGAAAAUAUCUAAUUGAAAAUUAUAAAAAUGAGUUUUCCUACAAGGCAAUUAACUUUACUUAGCCGUAAUAGCUAAAUCAAAUAAAUAAUUGCUAAAAAAUCAAACGAAAAUCAGCUUAAACUCCUCGACAAACAAUCAAACGCAAUAGUAAUUGGAAGACAAAAGAGCCCCGUAAAAAAACGCAAAAACAACAUACAAAGAAAGACAGCAAGAAAAACAAAUAGUAAAAAAAAAUAAAAUUGUAAAACGAAAAAUAAAAUUUGUGUGUUUAUAUUUUUUUUACAAAGAAUUUCUAUAACAAAAAAAUAUACUACUACUACUUAAUUAAAGUUUAGUUGGUCAAGAAUUCAUUAACAACAUACAAUUCCAAUCAAUUUACGAUUAUUGCUGUUUAAACACCAUAAAUUCAUGGGCAUACAAAUGCAACUUGUAAAUAAUUAUUUUAUAAUCAAACAUCGUCAUCAGCAGCUACAGCAACACGAACAACAACAGCAGCAGCAGCAACAGGAACCCAAUAAAGAGCAACAAUUUAGAAAACGACAACAAAUAUUUGAUCCACUUUAAAGAUUUCUUUGUUUGAGACAGUCUGCCUGCCUGCCUGCCAGCCAGUCGUCAAUAAAGUCAACUUUAAACAAAACAAAAAAAAAAAUACAAAGUCUCAGCAUACAACUGCAGCGACAGCGAGUAAAUAAAUAAAUUUAUUUAUUUACAAAACAUAAAAUAAAAAUAAAUAAAAGGAAAUUCAAAUAACAACAUCUAUAACAAUUGCUACAAGAACAACAAUAUCAUCAGAGAGAAUAACGUAUGUAGAAGAGAAUAAGUAUACAAAACAAAAACAAAAACACAAGUGUAUUUGUUACUUAUAACUUCUGACAGCCAGCCCACUUAUCAAAUUUAAAGACAUACAAAUAAAUAACUUUCCACUCACCUUAAGGUUUCCCAAUCGCCUUAAACGUUCAUCAUAUAGAAUGGCGCUAACAUCAUCGCAAUUGUCUCUAUGGUUCUCAGUUAUUGUUGGCGUCUGCAUUUUCAAAACACCUGUAGAAGUGGAUGGUCACAUUUUGGUUUAUCGGCGCCUUACCAAUCAGGUUAUUUUAAUCGAAGAGUACAAUGAUAUGCCGGCACAGUUUGGUCCCAGUCUACCCACGAAUGGCAUCAAGGUAUUUGCCAUACCGGCCGUACCGCACGAAGAGGCUUGUGAUAAAAUCAAUCCACCACCCAGAUCAUUUUAUCCCAGCAAUGCGAAAUUUGCCGCCAUCAUACAGAGAGGCGGCGUUGAUUGUACAUUCGAAUUAAAGGUACGCAAUGCCCAGGCAGCUCGUUUUGAUGCUGUGGUCGUCUACAAUAAUGAAAAUGAUGAUUUAGAACACAUGUCGGCCCAAAAUUCCAGCGGCAUUUUAAUACCUUCCGUUUUUGUGGGCCGUACCACCGGUACAAAUUUAAAAACAUUCUACACCCCCGAAAUUGUGUUAGUCAUUAAUGAUGAGCUGCCUUUUAAUAUAAAUACACAAUUAAUUUUGCCAUUUUCCAUCUUAAUUGGUUUGUGUUUUUUGAUUAUGAUAUUUUAUAUGAUUUACAAAUGCAUACGAGAAGAAAGACGUUUGAGACGUCAUCGUCUGCCCAAAAGAAUGUUAAGAAAGCUGCCGAUUAUAAAGUUUACGAAAAAUAGCGAUCUCGCCUAUGACACCUGCGUUAUAUGUCUGGAUGAAUUUGCUGAGGGCGAUAAAUUGCGGGUGUUGCCAUGUAAACAUCCUUAUCACAGCGAAUGCAUUGAUGUUUGGCUAACCGAAAAUAAACGUGAUUGUCCCAUUUGUAAGCGCAAGGUUUUUACGAAAGGCGAAACCCGAUCACAACGGAAUCGACAGUCUUCAUUGGAUAGUGUAACAGAUACAGAUGAUGAUACCACACCACUGUUGCAGCAAUCAACCAAUAGUUCAAUGAAUUCAGCAGUUUCGCCAUUAAGUUCAAACACAUCCUCAACCCGAAGUCAUGGUACAUUUCGUCGUGUUGGCAACAAUAUCGAAGCUGGUGCUGGUGGAGACGUUACAUCAGACGAUGAGAAUAUGCUUUCACCUGCCCAACGUAUAAAUCCCUUUGAUCGUUCGCCCAACUUACCGCCACACUUGCAGGCUCAACUAAAUAAUGACUCACGUAACGGUUCCAUAUGGUCUUGGCCGGUAUUAAGAUGGUUUAGACAACCAACAACAAUUAGUGUAAUGGCGCCACCCUAUUUAGAAGACACCCUACAUGAUGUUAUAGCUGAACAACAUGCUGCUCUUGAGGCAGCAGUACAUGGCUCUAAUGCCACAACUGCUAGUGUAAAUAAUACUAUAAACUCUACACUGAGAGCUUCACACUCUUCGAAUAAUGUUUUAAAUCCGAAUUUAAGUGGUUCUUUUAAAGACGACGAUGACGAUGAUCCGCCACUACAGUGUAUAUAUGAACCCAUAGCCACAACUACUGCAAAUCAUACAAGUCCAACAACACCAGCGGCAGCAGCAACAGCAGCAGCCACAAUGUCAUCCUGGUUAUCGCGUCAACGAACCGAGUUGGCAGUGGAUGCAAAUCCAGAUUCAGUUUUUAUACAAACUCCUACACAGGGUGGCAUAGCGGUGGCCGCUCUACCACCCAUUAACAAUAAUAAUAAUAAUCCUACGACUAUGAAUACACACUGUUUUUAGAAUCGGGGGAGUAAACAAUUUAUACAUUUAAACAUGCAAUACAUACAUACUAUUUAGAGUAAUAGGAAUGGGGGUGUUGUCAACAGUUUGCCGUGCAACAAGUAAGUGAACAAUUUAUACAAUUUGCUAAAUAAUUUAUUUGGAUUUAGGACACUUUUUAUUUACAAUUUGAAAUAAUCAGUCUGUUUCCCCAGUAGCCAGAUUUAUAGGUUUUUGUAAGAUUGGGGAAUGCUUCUCUUUAUAUUCUCUAAAUAAUCUAUAAAUAUGACUCGUGAGGUAACAGUUUUCAGAUGCUGUAUUUGUUAGUUUUUAUUGGAAACAAAAUUUUAGUAAAAUUUUGAAUUUGAUGCUUACAAAAUUAUUUUGCUUCGGCAAUAAUCUUAAUUAUUUAAGGUUAUGUAGUAUUUAAAAUGUUCCUUUAGUUAAAUUAAAACAAAUGCCAACAUCUUGUUUAAAUAAAUAUUGAGUUUCCGUAGUUGAGUGGAAAAUUCAAGUUGAUAUAAAUAAAUCUGACAAGUUUGCCUAAUUUUUACUUUCAAUUACUUAAAUAUCAAACUAAAAUUAGUUUCAAUUUAAUGAAUAUUCGUUUUUACGAAAUUCGGAUAUAACAAUUCACAUAGAAAUCAUUUCAUUAUCAAUUCGAAACUUUAAAAUCAAUUUCAUAUGAAAUAUAAGGUUUUAUAAAUGUAUAUUUGGUCCUUCGAACUUGGAAUGGUUCGAAUUAAGGUCACAAAAUAUACAGAGGUGUCAAAUUUGACAGUUCAAAAACACUAAAAUCAGCUUUUUUUGAAAUUGUUUCGAUAGAAAGAGAAAACAAAUUUGCGGUUUAAUACAGACAGUGCGUUAAAACAAACAACUAUAUCAAUAAGCACAAAACCAAACCAGUUGAAAUUGUUUCGAGCGAAAGAGAUAAAUAUAUUUUUUUUUGCGGUGUCGCCUCUGUAUACUUUGUGUUAAGGUUUUGAAAUAUAAAUUUACAUUGAGAUCUUUUCCAAAUCUAUCAGAAAUUAUAAAAUUUGUUUCAUAUGAAACAACAAUUUUAUAUAAAACGAUUUUUUUUUAAUGAACAUUUGGUCCUUCGAACAGCUCAGAUUCUUUUAUCAUAGACAUUUUUGUUCACAAUGUUUUUUGAUCCUUCCGACCCCUCUGGAAGUUUUGUAAUUGAAAGCUUUUCAAAAUCUAUUAGAAAUUAUAAUGUUUAGGGUCAUGUGAAAGCAACAAAUUUUUAUUAAAGAUAAUUUGGUGCUACGAAUCUCUCUGAAUGUUUUGUUAUAUAUAUUUACCUAAAAAAUCUUUUCAUUAUCAGUUAGUUAGAUUAAAAUCUAUUUCAUAUGAAAUAUAAUGUCUUAAUUGGUCCUUCAAACCACUAUGAAUAUUGAAAACAUUAAAUUUAAACUAUUUUUUAAUAAAUAGUUGGUCCUUCGAACCUCUCUGAAUGUUUUGUUAUACAUAUUUAGAUAAAAAUCUAUUCGUUAUCAGUUGGAAAGUUUAAAAUCUAUUACAUAUGGAUACAACGUUUUAUUUGGUCCUUCGAACCUCUUUGAAUAUUGGAAACAUUAAUUUAUACAAGAAGAUUUAAAUUUAACUAUUUUUUAAGAAAUAUUUGGUCCUUCGAACCUCUCUGAAUGUUUUGUUAUACAUAUUUAAAUAAAAAAUCUUUUCAUUGUCAGUUAGAAAGUUUAAAAUCUAUUUCAUAUGAAUACAACGUUCGAUUUGGUCCUUCGAACCCCUUUGAAUAUCGAAAACAUUAAUUUAUACAAGAGAAGAUUUAAAUUUAACUAUUUUUUAAGAAAUAUUUGGUCCUUCGAACCCUUCUAUAUGGAAAUUAUUUCAAAAUCUAUUAGAAAUUUAUAAAAUUUGUUGCAUAUGUAAUAUUUUUUUUAAUGAAAAAUAGGUCCUUCGAACACUUCUACAGGAAAAUUAUUUAUUAGUUAAAUUUGUUUUAUAUGAACGAUAUUUUAAUGAAAAUUGUAUGUCCUGUAAUAGAAAAUUUUUCAAAACUAUUAGACAGUGUAAAAUUUGUUUCAUAUGAAAUUAAAACAUUGGUCCUUCGAACCCUUGAGAAUGUUUUAUAAUAGAAGUUUUUUGAAUAUUUGAGUAUUCAAACCACUGUCUAUAUGGAAAUCAUUUCAAAAUCUAUUAGAAAUUUAUAAAAUUUGUUUCAUAUGAAAGAUUUUUUUAUGAAAAUUUGGUCCUUCGAAUCUUUCCGAAAAUUAAGUAAUGAAAUUUAUUUCAUAUCAAAGAGAAACAUUAAAGAUAAAUAUGUUUUAAUGAAAGUCUGGUAUUUUAAACUGCUCUACUUGAAAAUUAUUUAAAAAUCUAUUCGAAAUUUGUAAAAUUUGUUUUAUAUGAAAGAUUUUUUUUAAAUGAUAAUCUGGUCCUUCGAAAAUUUUUCAAAACUUUUUUCAAAUUGCGAAAUUUUGCAAUAGAAACAAAGACAAAUUUGUUUUAAUGAAAGUUUGGUAUUUCAAACUUCUUUACAUGAAAAUUAUUUCAAAAUAAAUUAAAAAUUUUGUAAAUUUUGUUUUAUAUGAAAGAUUUUUUAAUGAAAAUCGAAUGUCCUGUAAUAGAAAUUUUUUCAAAACUAUUAGACAGUGUAAAAUUUGUUUCAUAUGAAAUUAAAACUUUUAAUAAAAUUUUGGUCCUUCGAAUCCUUGAGAAAUUUUUUUAAUAGAAGUUUUUGAAUUCAUUUCAAAAUCUAUUAGAAAUGAAUAAAAUUUGUUUCAUGUGAAAAAUUUUUUUUAUAAAAAUUUGGUCCUUCGAAUCUUUCCAAAAGUUUAGUAAUGAAAUUUAUUUCAUAUGAAAGGGAAACAUUAAAGAUAAAUAUGUUUUAAUGAAAGUUUGGUAUUUCAAACUUCUUUACAUGAAAAUUAUUUCAAAAUUUAUACGAAAUUUGUAAAAUUUGUUUUAUAUGAAAGAUUUUUAAUGAGAAUUUAAUGUCUUGGAUAUAGACAACUUUUCAAAACUAUUAGACAGUGUAAAAUUUGUUUCAUAUGAAAUUAAAACCUUAAAUGAAACUUUGGUCCUUCGAACCCUUGGGAAUGUUUUGCAAUAAACGUUUGUUUUACAUUUUGUUUGAAGAGAAACAUUAAAUUUAUUUAUUUUUUAAUGAGUACUUGGUCCUUCGAACCUUACCAUCAUGUGAAUCAUUUCAAAAUCUUUGUAAAAAUUUUUUUUAUAAAAGAUUUUUAAUGAAACCCUUCCAAAACCCCCUGUUGUGUAAUAUAUUUUUUUUAAAACAAAUUUUAUUAGAAAUUUCUAAAAUUUGUUUUUAAUAUCAAAGAUUUUUUUAAUGAAAAAUUGGUCCUUCGAAUCCUUUCGAAUGUUUUGUAAUGGAUACUAUUCAAAAAUAUUAGAAAUUGUGAAAUUAGUUUAAUAUGAAACAGAAACAUUAAAAAUAAAUAUUUUUUGGAAUUAAUAAAUUACACAGAAUCUGAAGAACCUAAAACGAAAUCGAUCGGAAUAAAAACUACAGAAUUGAAACAAUGCCAAACAAAAUGUGUGAAAGUUCUGAUAAUUUUGACAUUUGCUGCAAUAUAUGUUAAUGGAUUUAUUAACAGUCUAGACGGAGAGGUUAAUAAAGACAACAUUUUGUGUGUUUUCGUUUACACAAGAAUUAAUUUCAAUAUUAAGAAUUGAAAUUUUAAAGAAAUUAGUUGUUCAUUUACUUUAUUUUGUUAAAACCAAACUGUUGUGCUUAACAUUAUAGUCAAGUCAUUCUGUUGCUGUGUGUUGAAAACCUAAACUUUAAUCAAUAUGAAAAACAAAUAUUUUUACAAAACCUCAAGAAAACAAAACCAAUAAUAUUUUUGCAAUAAUUUCUAGUUUUUUUGUUGUUGUUAUGUUUAAAUAAAAUUUGCUCUUCUAAAACUUAUUAAAAGAAAAGAAAAAAAAACAAAAAAAUUAAAAUAAAUAUUGUGAUUUAUUUAAAACCUUUAAAAUGGUUUAAAUUAAAAAAAAAAGGAAAAAAUAUAUAAUAUAGAAAUAAUAAUAAUUAAGAAACAUUAAUAAACUGUAUUACAUAUACAAAAUAAGCUAAAAUUAUUAUAAAAAUGGAAAAAAAUCCAAGCAACAACUAAAUGUAAAAAACCAAAAAGAAAACAAAAAUCAACUAAAGCAAAAAAACAUUAAAGGAACUAAUGCUAAAUUUAGUUUAAACAAAAAAAAAUUAGUUUAGAAUUUUUCUAUCCAAAAAAAGAAAUUAAUUUUUGUUUCAUUUUAUUUUUAUUAUUUACUUUUUUAAUUUAUUAUUUUUAUACUAAUUUUGUUUUAAUUUUAAUUAUUGCUUCUCUCAUUAAGAAAAUUUAUCUCCAAUUUAUGAUUUUUUUACAAUUAUUAUACCAAAAAAUAAACAAACAAACAAGAAAACCAAUUUUAAUUGAAAACCUUUAAAAAGCCAAAAUUUUUUAAAUUUGAAUUGGCCUCUUAAAUAUAUUUUUAAUUGAAUUUGAAUAAAAAGUACCUUUUUUAUAUAAUGUAUAAAUAAAUAAUUAAUUAAUUAACUAAUUAAUUAAACUAAUUUUUAAUUGUAAAUUCUAAGUCUCUGUAUUCUGUAAUAAAAUCGAUAAGUAAGGUGGUAAACAUAACCCCAAAAAAAAAAUAAGCGAAACAAAUGAAAUGAAAACUGAAUUAUAUUUGUUAUUAAUUAAUAUUUUUAUGUUAUUAUUAUUACUAUUAUUAUUAUAAUUAUAAUUAUUAAAAAAAUAUAUUAAAUACAACAUCUACUAUAUACAUACAACAAUACAUACACACAUACAUAUUAACUAUAUUUUAAUUAAAAUUUUGCAAAAAUCCAAAUCCAACCUACAACAGCAAAACAUACAAAACAAAAGAAAUAUUAAUUAAAUAAAAUGUAAAAUUUUUAGUCAUUUUAUUAAAAUUGUAAAAAACAUUAAA